CUCACUGUGUCCUACAGCGAGUCACCAUGCAGCCUCCUGCCCAACGGAACCCCACUUUCCCCGGGAGUCGGCGCUACAAGACUUUCCUGAUCGAGGAGAUUCUGGCCAAGGAGUCCCGCGGUUACCUAGAGCUGAACCUGGGCUCCCGACCCGGCUUCAUCGUACGUCCACAGGCUCUGCACUCCCGUCCCGCAGGGUCACCCUUGAGCUCGUAUCCAUUGCUUUCGGCGACUCACCUCUCUUCAGCUCUCACAGCGAAGAUUCCACAUUAUCUACCUCCUGUUGCACCCACCAGUAAGACAGAUGGGCCAGCUCUUGAGAAUAUUUCUUCCACCAGCAGUGAGUGUGAAAGUGAGCAGAACAUUAUUCGCCCCAAAAAGCCUCGCAGAAGUCGCACCAUUUUCACUGAGUUGCAGCUCAUGGGGCUGGAGAAAAAAUUCCAGAAACAGAAAUAUCUGUCUACUCCAGACAGGUUGGAUCUAGCACAGUCACUGGGAUUAACUCAGCUUCAAGUGAAAACUUGGUACCAGAAUCGAAGGAUGAAGUGGAAGAAGCUGGUACUGAAAGGAGGACACGAGGCUCCUACAAAGCCCAAAGGAAGACCAAAGAAAAACUCCAUCCCAACAACAGAGGAAAUUGAGGCUGAAGAGAAAGAAACCAAAUCAGCACAAGAGCAGGAACCAUGUCCUUCCUGAGAACAUGGAUGCUGAACCAAAAAAAACUCUUUUAUUCUUCACUCUGCAUUGGUGAGGUGGGACACUGCUGCAGUUUCUAGUGGAGAACCCGGAAUGCAGUGUACAGCCAGACUGCUGCCAACUCCAGUGGAUAUAUGUAAAUAUUGACAUUAACUUAAUGGGAGCGGGGAAAUUAUUGUGUGUGUAUAAGGGGAAUAUGAAUAAACUAUUGUGUAUUAUUUUGGUGUAGUCUCUAUGUCAACGAACCAAUUCUCACAACAUUUCAAACUUUUUCAAGAUUGAUGACUUUUUCUUUUAUGAUCCAUCUUCUGUCUCCUAAUUAUUGUUUACUCAUGGGUUGUGACUGUCACUGGUGAAGGGCAGUAUUUUUUCCUUUUUUAAAUUGCCAUGGCAUAGGUGAACAUGAGCUGCCUUCUUUCACCUCGGCCGUUCAUGUAGUGUAGAGAUGCCCUAAGGCUGUUAGGGAGGAAAUUCCAGGAUUUUAACCCAGUGAUAUAUUUCCAAGUCAGGAUGAUGUCAGAAGUCACACGACACCAGUUAUAGUCCUACAGGUUUAUUUGAAAUCACAAAUUUUUGAAGCACUGCCCCUUUGUCAAGUCACCGCUCCUAAUGAAAUGGCUGCGCUCUAAAAGCUUGUGAUUUCAAAUAAACCUGUUGGACUAUAACCUGGUGUUGUGUAACUUCUGAGUUUGUCUUCCCCGGUCCAACACUACCACCUCACAUUAAGUCAGGAUGGUGAGUGGCUUGGAGGUGAUCUUGCAGUUAAUCAUGUUCCCAUGUAUCUUCUCCCCUUAUCCCUAUACGUGCAAGCAGUACCAGUUUGGAUCAUGUUCUAAGGAUCUUGUUGAAUUUCUGGAGUGAAUCUUGUAGAUCAUGCACACCACUGCUACUGAGCAUCAGUGAUGGAGGAAGUGAACAUUUGUGGUAUGGAUCAGGUGGCAAGCAAGUGAAAUGCUUUAUUUUGGAGGGUGUUGAACUUCCGAAGUGAUAUAUAACUCUUUUGUCCAGGAGUUUUGUGCUGAGAUCAAGGGCUGAGUAGCCCUAAUGGAACCCAACCACUAUCAGUGCAGAGCUUCCUGCUGUGUUAACGCUGCUUGAUAAUACUGUUGAUGACCCUUUCCAUCACUUUCCUUUUGUCUAAAACAAAAGCUACAUGCUUAUUGGUGGGCACCACGGAGACAGCAGCACAUCAUCUCUGCAUCCAAUUUCAUUUAGUCCCCUCCCUUGAUAUUUGCUCUCCUUGUUUUGGUUUUUAUUGCACUUUGUAUGCUGCCAGAACUAGACAACAUUACGACAGGCAGAUAAAUGGUAAGUAACAUCCACAUCACACAAGUGCCAGACAAUAAGCCAUCUCCCACAAGAGAGAAUCUAAUCAUCACCACUUCACAUUGAUUGGCAUUAUCAUCAAUUAAUCCUCCACUAUCAACAUCCUGGGGGGGUACCACCAUUAUAGUAAAUUGAACUGGACCAGCCAUAUAAAUGCUGUAACUACAAGAUCACGCCAGAGUCUAGGAAUCUUACAGUGUGUAACUCACCUCCUGACUCUCUAAAGCCUGUUGGGUGAGUGCAAAUCCAACAAUGCUCAAAAAGCUCAAUGCCGUCAAGGACAAAACAACCUGUUUGAUUGGCACCCUAUUCACCACCACAAGCAUUCACUUACUCCACCACCAAUGCUCAGCAGCAACAACGCAUGCCAUCUUAGAAUCACAGAACCCUUACAGUAUGGAUGAAGGCUAUUCAGCCUAUCAACUCCACACCAACUCUCCAAAGAGCAGCCCAUCUUAGACCCACCUCCAUGCGAUUGGGAAACAUCAGGGAACUGAAAAUUUAAUGAAAGGUGGUCACGUGGAUUUCUAAAGUAAUUUUAUGCAUGACUAACAUUGUUGGAUUUUUGAAGAAGUGAUAGAAAGUGUGAACUCAACUAAUAUAAAUUAUUAGACUGGAGAAUCAAAGGCUUUCAAUAAGGCACUCCAUUGAAAACUGAUAACUCAAAAAAGCUGUGGUAGCAGUGGAAAAAUUAAAGGAAGGAAAUGAUAAGCUGGUUUCAAAACAGUAUGAAGUGUAGGGGUUAAGGGUUGGUAUUCAGACUGACAACAAUAGGAAAUGGCACUCCUUCAGAAUCAGGGUUGAGACCUCUGCUAUUUAUUAUUUACUUAAAUGAUUUGGAUUUAAGAGGGAGAAGCCAAUUUGGAUGACUGUAAAUUGAAAGACAUUGUUAAUACUGAGGAAUUUUAGACAAAAAGAUAUAGGAACACAAUAACAAACUUGAUAAACUGCCUGUAAUAAACUUCAAUGUUGGGUUAUAAGGUUGACACAUUUUGGUAAGGAGAAUAAAGAAAGUGCUGUGUUUUUGCACAGUUCUCAGAAAAGUACCAAAUCUGGAAACAGUGAGAGGACAUUAUGACAUGCAGCAUGUGGUUUAAUAGGUCUCCAUCUUAUUCUCCGUUUAUUCAGCCAGUUACUUUGCUAGAAGUCAGACAGGCGAUUGUGUCUAUAAAUUAGCGGUAAUCUGAAUAAACAAAUAAUCCAUACUGUAUAUGUAAGCUUGAGAUACCAUAUUGAUGUACAUAGU